AUGGCGGAAAAAAAUGGAAAACGAAAAGUGGUUAAACAAAAACCUUCUCUAGUACGAUGUUGUUUAAUAUUGCAUUAUUCUUAUUAUCCGGCUGAUGCUGCAGUCAGAUCAAUCGGUAAGGGUUCCAACAACAGCAAGAUGAAGAACAAAUACAACAACAACGUCGUCGACGUACUCGACUUGGCCGUACCGCAAUCGAAGGUGAGACCGAUCGACCGGCUGUUGGACAGAUACGACUGGUCGUCCGCGUCGAUGACGCCACUGCUGCGGGACGCCGAUCUUUCGCAGCCGACUCGGUACGGCCAACCGCCUUGCUGUCGACCAGCGCGGACACCACCGCGUCGACCGCCGCCGCCGAGUCAACAGCCGCCGGCGCCGCCGACGCCGCCGCCAACUCGACCGCCGAGGCGUCGCGUAGUCUUGGAUUAUUCGGCCAGCGAGCGACCGGUCCGGAAAUCUCUGUGGAAACGCGCAAGGGAGUUCGUGAGCGGUUGCUUCGUAAGCGCCGCCGCCGCUGGACCGAGGGUAGUGAGCUUCUGUAAAUCGCCUCUAAUAUGA